CGAUUUCGAGUCUUCUAAUAGACGUGGAAGCUCUCAUCCGCUCAACUCUACCGCAGUCACUCUUUCGACAAUUGAUUUAGUAUUAUUCGCCUUUGCCGCCUUUCUUUUACCAUCACUCAAAAGUCAACUAUCGUCUCUUUCUAUACGCUCCUUGUGUUCGACUUUACUACAGUCGCCUUCGAUCGACUUAAUCACCGCGCUCCUUUGCCGUCAGAAUUCGUGUCGUGCAGGCAGACACUUCCCUUCACUUCACAGUCCUUCGCUUUCAUUUCGAGAUCACUUCCCUCACCAUUCUUUCGAUUUUGCGAAGCUGCGGUCAGCAGUCUCCGCACUUCAGCACAUACACAGAUAUUUCGGCCAGACGUGGAUGUUAUCAGGAUGGCCCAUCAUGGCACAGGACACGCUCGGUUCAACAGAGUGAUGCGGAAGAAAUAUCAAUUGGAUUCUGCAUACUUCAGCGAAACUGGGAAGGGUCCAGAAAACCCCGCGACGCCGACAAUUAUACCGCAACAGACGGUUGGAACUGGGAUGGAGGGUGAGCUAACCCUGGACCUGGUGAUGCAGGCACAGGAUGUGCACGACAGUCAGGGAUUGUCCCUCGAGAAGCGCCAGCAAUCAGACACAGCCACGGGGGAUCAGGCUACGGUGUCUGCGACUAUCAUCAACGUGGUCGACAGCAAUUCGCAGGCUAGCACCGGCACUUCGGCAACUGCACCGACAACGAUAUCUGAAGAGUCGACUGUUCCCGUGAUUUCAGGCUCGUCAACAGACACUGACUCAUUGCUCCUGUCGCUUUCUGCCACCGUUUCGGUAGAUCUAUCCCUGACUGCUUCGCCUGCGUAUUCUUCUCCGACCGCAGACACACCGGCAGUAACAAGUACACCUGAACCGUCCUCAUCCGCCCCACCGUCGUCGGCGCCCGCCGCUUCGAAGACGUCUACUCCGCUAUUCGGCUCUACUGCAACCGCUCUUCCUUCUUCUGCACACCCCCAGCCAUCAAGCGCAUUGUCUAGCUCCAGUCCAAGUAGCACACAAAACGCUAGCCAGGUUACUGGCUCAAGCUCUGCUUGGGUGUUCGGAUCCGGUUCACAAUCUACGACUUCCUACGUGACUCAGACGAACUCCGCCACGACAUCUACCUUCUCAUCGGAUUCUACUUCCACCACUUCGCUUUACGGAGCUUGGGGUACGGCCUCGAAUGGAGGGGGCGGAGGAUCAGGGGCAACUGCCACCGGACAAGGUGUCUCGCCUUCAUCCUCUUCGGGCAACUCCAGCUCCAGCUCGGGCUCGGGCUCGGGCUCGGGCUCCCUGAGCAGCCAAACUAAAGGCAAGAUAGCCGGUGGUGUGGUUGGUGGCGUGGCUGCUGCUAUGUUCGUGUUCGUAAUUGUUGUCUGGCUGCUCCGCCGCCGCAAGAAGAACAUCCUGCCCCCAUCUGGGGACGCUCUCCCCGAGCCUGACACGACCGGGACAGCUGAAGGCUCUCUCCCGCGCUCGGCGGAGAUGACAUCGCGGCGGUCUAGCGACGACCCCUUGUUUACUGCGUCAUACUUUGCGCCAGCUUUUAUGAAGCGAUGGCGCCAGUCGCACAUGACGACGCGCACCGACAGUACACUAAGCUCUGAGCCUAGCGAGCGUGGGUUCCAAAAGAUCUCCGGCCGUAAAAUUCCUUCAGUGCUGCAGUCAGGAGGGGACGGCUACGGCGGUGGAUAUGAACCGGGAUCCCCUACUGCGUCUGAGCCGAGCACGCUUUUUUCUCCAAGCUCACCAGUUCAGCCACGGUCACCGCCAACGCAACCGCCCGUGGCGACACCGUAUGGCAUGCCGUUGGAUACCAGCUAUACUCGAGAAGCGGCGGAGGUGGGAGGUGUUGUGGUGUUUCGACCAUCGCCAGCCCGCACACCAGUUACCGGGUCCGCCAACGCCAGUCUGUCCAAUGAGCCAACCGGGCCACGGGUCGUUUCGCAAGUCGGAGCGCUCUCCCCGACAAUGCCCAAGCGGCCUGAUGCGCUCGGACGAAGUCACCCGAGCUUCGAUGGCAGUCGGGGCAGUCGGUUUACGGAGAGUAUAUAAGAGGUUCUCCGGGGGGAUGAGGGUAUAUACUGGUGCUCUGUACAUACGUGGAGGAGUUAUACAUAGGGUUCCCGGGUGGUGUUCCCGGACUGGCGAUGGUCAUCAUGUCUGGAUUCUGUACUACUUGCUAGCUUGUUUCUUAUGGAUACCCCAAUUCAUUUUCUUUGCAUGUUCGUGCCAUUUGUGAGGGUUCUGUGCUAAUCUACUUAUAAUUUCAAUGUGAAUAAUGUCUACUAGCCAAGUUUAGUUUGGUACUCUACCUUUCAUUGCAACUGCGUCGUGAUUCCUAUAUGUGAGGCCUGCUGUUAUCAGCCGAUGACAUAAGAUGCCACCAACCAACCAGCGACGCGGCUUUAUCAUCCGCACCCGGCGAUCCCUUGCAUUUGUAUUUAGUCCAAUACUAUAUCCCCUCAUUCCCCCCUCAUUG